AACGUAAUCGCGGGACUUCAAACACGCUCAGUCAUCUCAGUACUGAAAGCUUAAGACUUUUUACUGUUGCAAUAACGGGUUCUCCUUGUGUCCUUUACAUCCCCUCUGCGGAUUUCGUUCCCUUUUCUCCUGGGAGUUCUUGUACUCCUAAAUAGUUUUGUUAUCACUCACUGUGCGAGUUAGCCACAUGCUUAUGCUCUGCGCCAGUAUGGAAGGCCAAACGGCACACAAUUCGUCUCAGUUUCCACGUUUUCCACGUUAAUGUUUGAAAGUUGCCUCCACUGGGACCAUCAAAUGCAUCGCAUCCUGCACGCUGGAAGAUUUUUCCUGGGAAAACACCAUAAGACAGCCUGGCACAAGUGUUGCUCUGGCUUUGCCACGAUGAUGCAGGCAGUGUGUGUUGAUGUACCAGGAGGGCCAGAGAAUUUACUGCCAAGAACCGUCCCCAGACCUCAGCUGAAAGCUGGGCAAGUCCUCAUUAAAGUCCAUGCAGCUGCCCUCAACAGAGCAGACCUACUGCAGAGGCGAGGACUGUACCCACCUCCCCCAGGUGAGAGUGACAUCAUGGGCCUGGAGGUGGCUGGUACUGUGGAUACUCUGGGCCCAGGGCUGAAAAGAGGCUGGAAGCUAGACGACAGGGUCAUGGCGCUGCUCUGUGGAGGAGGAUAUGCAGAAUAUGUUGCUGUGCCUGAGGAGCUUCUCAUGCCAGUUCCCCCUAACCUCACACUCUGCCAGGCUGCUGCAAUCCCAGAGGCCUGGCUCACGGCUUUUCAGCUGCUGGUUUUCAUAGCUCAGGUGAAGGAGGGUGAGGUGGUGCUGUCUCAUGCUGCAGCCAGCGGAGUCGGAACAGCUGCUGUUCAGCUGGUUCGUCUGUUCGGCGCCGUGCCCAUCGUGACUGCAGGGAGCCCAGAGAAGCUGAAGCUGGCUGAGAGUCUGGGAGCAGCAUGUGGGUUUAACUACAAAGAGGAGAGCUUCGUGCAGGGGGUUCAUGACUUUACAGGAGGCAAGGGAGCAAACGUCAUCCUUGACUGCAUUGGGGGGCGAAACUGGGAGCAAAAUGUGAGCUCUUUGGCCACCGAUGGCAGGUGGGUGCUGUACGGCACCUUGGGAGGCAGGACAGUAGAGGGAGAUCUGCUGGGCAAACUGCUCUCCAAGCGAGGCCACUUGCUCAGCAGCCUCCUCCGCUCUCGCAGCCUUCAGUACAAAGCAGACCUGGUAAAGGCUUUCUCACAAAGAGUGCUGCCGCACUUCUCAGAGCAGACAGCCUCUUUGAAGCCAGUGAUCGACAGCACUUUCAGCCUGGAGAACAUUGCAGAGGCUCAUCGGCACAUGGAGGCCAACAAGAACAUGGGAAAGAUUAUCAUUAAUGUGAUUCCACAGCAUCAGGAAACUCACUGAUGAACGGUUGCAGUAACAUGUAAUCACUCUGAAGUGUGUUGUUAUGUGAAAACUAGUUGACUUUCACAGAUGUUGAUUGACUUUUUAAUUAUGCUUAAUCCACCAGUAGUCUAGAGUUGGUUUUUGUGCCCAGUAAUACUAACCCUGCUACUAUUUUAUAUUUAUCCUCCAAAUUUUUAAGUC